AUGAAUCUUCCCAACCAGAUCCUCAAGGAGAUCUGUAGCCGCUCCGAGCUUAACAGAAAUGAUCUUCGUGCGCUUCGACUCACCUGCAAGCAUCUACGCGAGAUGGCUUCGCAGCGCUUUGCUAGAGAGUGUUUCAAACACAUCACGGUCCUGAUGUCACGUCCUUCACUUGAGGCCUUCAUCGAGUUGGCCCGACACCCCUACUAUGGUUCAUUCGUCGAAAAAGUCAACGUCUCUCCUAUAUAUGAUGUUAUGUUGAGCGUCUCUGCAUUUCUGCCAUCCGGGACUUCCGAGAGCACUGAUACCACCGAAAUUGCAACCACCUACUGGAACAUACGCCGCGAACUAACAAAGUCGAGGAUCUGCGAGAGCGCCGAGCCAUUGCUGGGUGUUGCUUUUAAGGCUUUUGCACAGCGAGAGCAACACUUGAAACUCGAAUUUUGCGACAACGAGCGCAACGUGGUUGGCCCAAGAGAUGCCUUAAAUAAUCUAGCUCUUGGACAAGUCUCGAUGUGGAUAUUGGAUUGGACGACAGCGAUUGAACGAACCAUAAACGCAGUUACUAGUCACGGUUGCACUGUGACCGAACUUUCGAUCCACGAGGGCGGCCUGAAGCGCUGUGUAAGCGAGUACAGUCUGCACACCGAUCAUUUCGAAACACCGCUGGGCUCUUUGUGCACCCAGCUGGCACGUCUCGACAUCUGCUUGUACGAUGAUGGCAUCGGGUCCGUGUCGAAGUCUGUCAAGUGCAUGGUUUCGACAGCCAGAAACUUGAGAUUCCUCAACCUGGAGAGACUGUGCAAUUGGGACGAUCUAGAGCCACAACACUAUCCAGAGGUACUGGGUUGCGUUCUAUCACAAUGCUUGAAAGGGAUCGUUAUCGGCGAAUUUCAGAUAUCGGAGCAAGAACUGCUCGAGUUUCUUGGCAGACAGAGAGACACCCUCCAGAACCUGCAACUACUCGGCGGCUGCCUCCUCGAAGGAAGUUGCAUGUCUCUGAUAGCUUGGAUCAGAGACAAAUUGCCUAGCCUGGCGUAUCUCGAAUUCUGGGAGAUCUGCGACGCCCACGAUCACACCGACUGUGAAUUGGCACCCACCAGGAGCUACUGCGUCCAUCGCGACGAAGAUAUGCAAGCCUGUCUUGCCGACAUUCUCAACGGAAAGUGUGAGAAAAAAGUCAAGGUCAAGGAGGCCUAUGAAUCUGAGCAAAACGAGGAGGACGACGAAUUCGAGCAAGAGGAGAUCAAUGAACCUGAGCAAGUCGAAGCUGACGAUGGUUGA